AUGUCAAGAUAUUCUUUUUCGAAGGAUGUCCAGAUCCUGGUAUGCGGAAUGCCAUUCAACUUAAACAGGGAUCUUCUUGCUGCAAAAUCAUCAAAACUUUGCAAGCUAUUUAAGGAAAAUCCUGAUGAAGAUCUUUCUCAUCUUCUUUGUGAUAUUCCUACGUCCCCAAAUAUCUUUGAAAUCAUGGGAAGAUUCUGCUAUGGUUAUCAAAUCAACAUCACCCCAGAGAAUGUCAUUCCUAUAUCUUGUUUGGCUUGCUACUUGGGUAUGACCGAUACCCACAGCCCCCACAAUCUAUUAAACAAGGCAUUAUCUUUCUUUGAACAUGAAGUCAUUACAGGCUGGAAUGAAUCAUUAAGAUCAUUAAAAGCGAUAGAUAAUGACAUCGUUCUUCAACAAGCAGCAAAACUUGGUUUAAUUGAUGGUUGCAUGGAUGCAAUCAUCAACAAAGCUCUUGAUGAUCCUCUUCUACUUGGUGAACCAAUCAGGAAUCCGGUUUUUGAAGAUGAUGACGAUGAUGAUCAGGAUUUUUACAGGCCGAAUGCUAAGAGGCAACUCUUUGCUCUUGAUUGGAAGUCUGAUUCACUAAGUUUGACAGAACUUCAUCUUCAAUUUUAUGAGCCUAUAAUUUGCGGUAUGAUUCAAUGCAAAAUGGGUUCAAACUACAUUGCAUCGAAUCUUUAUCAAUAUGCUAAACGAUGGGUCUUUUUUGACCGAAAAGACUCUGAUGAAGACACAUCUUCUUCUGAAGGUGGUUCUUCAAACUCAAAAAGAGUUGCCAUUGAAACUAUUGAAAAACUAUUACCUCAUGAUAGAGCAAUCCUCCCUUGUGCAUUACUAUCCGAAAUGCUGCAGUACACAAUUGAUUUAGAAGCUAAUGCUAGCUGCAGAGAAGGGUUUGAAGUAAGAAUCGGGAGACAAUUAGAUUUAGCAACGGUUAAUGACUUGCUAAUACCAUCUCGAGGCUAUUCUAGAGAUGAAAAGUAUGAUACUGAAUGUAUCAGAAGAAUCUUGAAACAUUUUUACAAAAAUUUCACCGGGCAAGAUCAAUCUGGGCUCUACAUUGUGGCUGAUCUUCUUGAAGAUUUCUUAAGUGAAGUAGCACACGAAAUUGAUUUGAAAAAGCACUCGUUUAUGUCACUUACUGAAAUGUCACUUGCAGCAUCAGAAGGAACACAAAGAACCUCAGACGGGAUAUAUCGAGCUAUAGAUAUUUACUUAAAGAAACACAGAUACUUAACGGAUGCUGAAAAAGAAGAAAUCUGUUCUGUUUUGGAUUGCAACAAGAUGUCACCAGAGGCCUGUGAGCAUGCAGCAAGAAAUGACAGGCUUCCUGUUCGUGUGUCGGUACAAGUGUUGUUUGUUGGGCAGUUGCACCUGCGAGAAACCAUCAAAAAAGAGGUGGCAGGAUCCGUGGACGGGUCAAAAAUGUCAAAGUCAACGGAGGUCAAUGAGGAGGAGGAGGAAGUGAAGGGAGAAUUGUUGAAAAUGAGUAGUAAAGUGAUGGAAUUGGAGAAAGAAUGUCUUGUGAUGAGAAAGGAAAUUCAUAAAGGACAGUUGAGGAAAAUAAAGACAGAAAAGGAGAAAACAAAUGUUUGGAAAGAAAUGAAGAGGAAACUCGGGUGCAUAUCGAGCCUUAACAACAGUAACUGUCAUAUGAAGAAGAAAAAGAAGGUCCAUCCAAGGUAGAAGACAGACAAUGAUUUUGAGUUCAUUUUAGUUGGUUCAUUUGGCUAAUAAAAACGUU